ACCCUGAGAGAGAGGCCAGCAGGAGGGCACCUGGGACCCCCCAGCGUGGGAGAAGCCGGGCCUUUCUGCCAGCAGGGCUGUACCCCGGCUGGACGGGCCGCUCGCCUGCCUGCAUCCCCCUCUCUCGCCCCUCUCUCGGCUGCGAAAACCCACAGGAACCCCGUGCGGCCCUCGAUAAAUAUUUGUCCAACGUGUGGAUGAGUUAAGGCGAGGGAAGGGGCGUGUUUUGAAAGUCCAGCGGUGUCCUCCCCGCCGACCACACCUAGGAAGUCCCUCCCAGAUAAAACCGCCCCCGCCAGGCUCCUGCCCAGGCAGAAGAGCAGGCAGCCUGGUGACAGGGCCUCCUUCGGGUCGCGCGGAGCCAUGCCCAGGUACACGGUGCACGUGCGCGGGGAAUGGCUGGCCGUGCCCUGCCGGGACGCGCAGCUCACGGUGGGCUGGCUGGGCCGUGAGGCCAUCAAGAGGUACGUCAAGAAUAAGCCAGACAACGGCGGCUUCGCCUCGGUGGACGACGUGCGCUUCCUCGUGCGCCGAUGCAAAGGCCUGGGCCUCCUGGACGACGAGGACCCACUUCAGGUGGCCCUGGAGGACAACGAGUUCGUGGAAGUGGUUAUAGAAGGGGAUGCCAUGUCUCCCGACUUCAUUCCAUCACAACCAGAAGGAGUUUACCUAUACAGCAAAUACCGGGAGCCUGAAAAGUACAUCGCCUUAGAUGGGGACAGCCUGACCACAGAGGAUCUGGUCAACUUGGGAAAAGGACACUACAAAAUAAAGCUCACCCCAACUGCGGAAAAGAAGGUGCAAAAAUCCAGGGAAGUCAUAGAUAGCAUCAUAAAAGAAAAAACUGUUGUUUACGGUAUCACUACAGGUUUUGGGAAAUUUGCCAGAACUAUAAUUCCUGUCAAUAAGCUAGAAGAGCUGCAGGUCAACCUAGUACGUUCACAUUCUUCAGGUGUUGGGAAACCACUAAUCCCUGAGAGAUGUCGGAUGCUCCUGGCUUUAAGGAUCAAUGUCUUAGCCAAAGGAUACAGUGGCAUUUCCCUGGAGACCCUCAAGCAAGUUAUCGAAGUAUUUAAUGCCUCCUGCCUGCCCUACGUUCCAGAGAAAGGAACGGUUGGUGCCAGUGGAGACCUUGCGCCACUCUCUCAUCUUGCUCUUGGGCUAAUUGGAGAAGGGAAGAUGUGGUCUCCAAAGAGUGGCUGGGCUGAUGCUAAAUACGUCUUGGAGGCUCAUGGAUUGAAACCAGUUGUUUUGAAACCAAAAGAGGGUCUGGCACUCAUCAACGGGACACAGAUGAUCACCUCCCUGGGCUGCGAAGCUGUGGAGAGAGCCAGUGCUAUUGCACGUCAGGCUGACAUUGUGGCGGCCCUGACCCUUGAGGUGCUGAAAGGCACCACCAAAGCCUUCGAUACUGACAUUCAUGCUGUUCGCCCUCAUCGUGGGCAAGUUGAAGUGGCUUUUCGGUUUCGGUCACUCUUGGACUCGGAUCACCACCCUUCUGAAAUAGCAGAAAGUCACAGGUUCUGUGAUCGUGUUCAGGACGCAUAUACCUUGCGCUGCUGUCCACAGGUCCAUGGUGUGGUGAAUGACACAAUAGCGUUUGUGAAGAACAUCAUUACCACAGAACUUAAUAGUGCAACAGACAAUCCUAUGGUAUUUGCCAGUAGGGGAGAGACUAUUUCUGGAGGAAACUUCCAUGGUGAAUACCCAGCCAAAGCCCUGGACUAUUUGGCCAUUGGAGUUCAUGAGCUUGCUGCUAUUAGUGAAAGAAGAAUCGAAAGGCUCUGUAACCCCUCCCUCAGCGAGCUGCCUGCCUUCCUGGUUGCUGAGGGUGGUCUGAACUCGGGAUUCAUGAUUGCACAUUGUACAGCUGCAGCCCUCGUUUCUGAGAACAAGGCUCUGUGCCACCCCUCGUCGGUGGACUCUCUCUCCACCAGCGCGGCCACAGAGGACCAUGUCUCCAUGGGAGGAUGGGCAGCAAGGAAGGCACUUCGGGUCAUCGAGCAUGUGGAGCAAGUGCUGGCCAUCGAACUUCUGGCAGCCUGCCAGGGCAUAGAGUUUCUACGCCCCCUGAGAACAACUACUCCUCUGGAAAAAGUAUAUGACCUGGUGCGCUCUGUUGUAAGGCCCUGGAUAAAAGAUCGCUUCAUGGCCCCAGACAUUGAGGCAGCGCACAGGCUGCUCCUGGAACAGAAGGUUUGGGAAGUAGCUGCACCAUACAUAGAAAAAUACAGAAUGGAACAUAUUCCAGAAUCCAGACCAGUUUCUCCAACGGCCUUUUCACUGGAAUUCCUACAUAAGAAUUUCAUCAAAAUCCCAGAGUCUGGGGAUCUUUAAUGGGCUUUGUCAUGGAUUAGCAGAUCAGAUGGUACUUUAACAGCAAGCAGUAUUAUGCUGAGGAAAAGACCUGAGAACUUCCCUGGGUAGAUCAACCCAUUAUUUUAUUCCGUUCUUCUAAAACCUACUUUGGUUAGGCUGGUGACUGUAUUAGUUGCUGACUGUAGCGCUGUGUUCUUGUUUACUUGGUUUGAGACACGGCAGCUGUUUUCAGAUUAUAGUUUUCUUUGUUUCUUAACAGGCCACAGGCCACUUAACAUUAUUUGAACUCAAACAGUUCAAAUGGUAUCUGGAAACAGAUUGAUGGUAUUCUUUUCCAAAUGCAUUAGACUUUUGUAAAUCUUUUUUGUUUGUUUGUUUGACAAGCUCUUCACUAGAUAACUGAUCGAAUUACACUACAAUAUGGUGGAUGUUCUUUAAUAGGCCUUGAUAAACAACUUGUUUUGAAGUCAUAAUUUGUCCUUAAGCUUCUCUUUCUUCUAUUGAUUGAAUCAUAGUCUAGUCAAGAGGUCAACAAGAGGUUUUGUGCAAAGGAGCUGAGGAAUGAAUAAAGAGAUUGCCAUUGGAGUGGCCCUUAGUGAUAUUUAUCAAAUAUCACUAUAUAUCUCAAAAGAAAUCUUAGAUGCUUAAACUGGAGUUAGAGGUUAGUAUUACUACUUUCUUCCUAUGUGUUAGUACUGUACUCACAUUCCUAUAGUAACCCUUUGUUAAGGAACCUCCUGUCUCACAAAGAAGGAAUUUUAUGUUCAAAGUUAGCCAACCCCUUCUCUGUAAUGGUAAUCAUUAAAAUGAGGAACUAUUGAUAAAGGUCAAUGGGGCCUUGGAUGUGUUACCCAGUCUGUUUUUUCCUCAAAAAAUAAGAUAAGGGAUCUUCUGGGAAGGCUUAAGUAUAAUCAUUUGGAUGAAGGAUGGGUCAGAUGACCUCUUGGCUUCCCAAGGUUAAGAUCUGUGGGAAGAUCUUAACCUUCCAUUUUGCAUCCAUUUGUGCAAAUAUGUGCAAGGCACCCCAAGCGCAAGAGUCUGAAACCGUGCCUCUAAAAACCACAGGAGGCUAGGGAAAGAACAGACACACUUGCCAGCUUGCUUACUUGAUUAAAGCCUAAAAUGGGUCCAACAGUACCUUUCACAAUAGAGUUUUCACUUUUUAGAUUGCACCUGUCCAUAGGAAAGGCAGAGACAGAAGUGAAAACUGUUGCCUACAUCAAUUCAGUGACCAAAAAAAUGUGCUGAGAACCUGUUUACUGAAAUGUUGUUCUUGGCGUUGUUGUUUAACAUGCACAAGUAAGGUUUAUUCAUUCUUAGCCACUAACUGCAGUGGAGCCAGUAUACCCAGCAGUCUGAUGACGGCUCUUCACUCCAGUUUGGAGAGGGCUGGAUUCCCACGAGCCACUUUCGUCUGCUGGGGCACUUUAUUAUGGAGUUUUUGAUACAUCUCUGUUAGAAACUGAUUAUCACACGCCUCCAAGAGAGUACAAGGUAAACACAGAAUAAACGCAGUCUCAAUUGUCUUAUGUUGUCACUACAUUCUUAGAUUUUUAUAACAAAGUUUAGCACCUCUUUGGGGAAAGUCUAUUCUAACUGCAGUUAAUCGAGUUUCUGAAAGAUUUCCUCAAUGAUUGUUAACAAAGUGUCUUUAGAAAGUGUAAUUGAUUCCUUAUCCUUUGUCUUUCUCCCUGAGUAGCAGCAAGAGUUGAUGGUACUGUGACUUCCUCCCCAGCAGGUAAUCUGAGCUGCUUCACCUGUUGUCUCAGAGCAGCCAGAGCCCUGGGGCUUUUAUGCCUCUACUUUGCCAUACUUGCUAGUGUCCUUUCAGCCAAAGCAAGUCACAUUCUCAAGCCCAAGUCAAUCUGGAAAAUAAUAGUCAAUGUCAUGGGCAUGUGAUGUGCAGAACAUUACUGUAACAAUUUAUCACUAUACAUGAAAUCAAAAACAUAACCUGAACAAUUCAAGACACUUUUCAUUACUACUUUAAACUUGAGUCUCAUUUCUGGAUCUGGUUACUGGAUUAUUAUAUUUUGAUUAAACCUUCUAAUUAUGAAUAGCA